AUGAACAACCUCCCGGUUAGGGCAAACGAGAGCCCAUUUUACGACAGGCCCUCUGACCAUCAGAUCACCUCCUACCCGACCGAGACCAAGAUCAUUUCUACACUUGCUUUGUUGCUUCUAGGAUAUUAUGCUCUGUCAUUUUUGGAUGCCUGGCCUUCGACGAUCAAAAGAGCCGUCUACGAAUUCGCCGUCUACAUAACCCCUGGCCCCCUGAUCUACGCUCUGCAGUACGGCAUGGUUCGCCUGGGCCGCCUGAGCCCGGAGGAAGCAAAUUUCAUCAAAGCAAACUUUGGAGAUAUGGUUGCAAAACAGGAGGCUUUCCAGAAGAUACUGGGACAACCACAGCUGCCGCUUGCACUUCGGAAGGUUAGGAGUUUGUCCGGCUCAUACAUGCCAUUGGUACACGGAACUGGACCUCCUGGUCUAGGAAACUGGGACAACUCUUGCUAUCAAAACAGCGUGCUGCAGGGUUUGGCAUCUUUACCAGCCUUCAUUGAAUAUUUAGAGCAGAGCAUGGAAUGCUGUGACAGAUACGACGCCACUGCACCUACACACCGAGCUUUGGUGGCCUUUCUUGAACAGUUAUCUGAUCCGAACUCUCCGACUACCGUCCUUUGGACUCCCAAGAUCCUCAAAUCUAUGGACAGCUGGCAACAGCAGGAUGCCCAGGAAUAUUUCUCACGUGUUCUCGACGCGGUCGAAAAGGAGGCCAACCAAUACGUCCACAAGAUGAAACGCUCUACAAUUGCAGGUCUAGAGUGCCUCAGGACACUCGAGAAGAAGAGUCCAAUAACGGAUGCCCACGGGGACGAGCAGGUCCAAUGUUCGUGGACCAGCAGGAUUCGGGGUCAACCAGCAGCAAGUUUGAGGGAAAGCGGAUUGCGGAAUCCUGUGGACGGCAUGACUGCACAAUGUCUCGAAUGCAUGAUUUGUGGCUUCACUGAGGGUCUGUCCUUGACGCAAUUCAACUGCUUGACCUUAAAUCUGGGUUUGCAAGGGGCUUGUGAUGUUGCGACGUUGCUCGAUGAGUAUACAGCACCAGAGGAAGUUGAGGGGGUCGAAUGUGAGAAUUGCACAAAGUUGGCACAUGGAGAGGCAGACACCACAGAAGACGAGGACAAGAAAUCAGAGCGAGCCGACGUCGAGCCAAAGAAGAAGAAAAAGUCAGUUCUGCGGACCAAGGCAAAGCAAAUCACGGUUGGGCGGCUGCCCAAAGAUUUGGUUCUUCACAUCAACCGCAGUAUUUUCGAUAACUACGGAAACCAGCUAAAAAACACCGCUCAAGUCCGAGCGCCUCCCAGAUUGCAUUUCUUGAGCCGAUGGUGUGCUCCCUUGGACAAGAACGAUAACUCGGUCGAAGCCGUCUACGAGCUGAAAUGUGUCGUGACGCAUUACGGCAGCCAUCAUGAUGGUCACUAUAUUGCCCUGGGGAAACGAGAUAAAGAUUGGUAUUCUUUCAACGACGAGCGCGUGACCAGGAUUGCAGAAGAGGAGGUCCUCUCCCGCGGGAACGGAUUCAUGCUGUUCUACGAAGCUGUUGGCUCGCCACCACCUUCUCGGUCAGAACUGGAAAUGCCAAAAGAGACGACUGCAACCAGUGCGAACCUGGAGGCGGUCAUCAGUGAGAUGAAAGAUCAUCUUGACCUAGGGCAGGGGGCUGAAAUAGAGGAGCAGCCCAUCAGACUGUUUGAUGAUGACGAAGUGGCCGAGUCGGAAUCCGAUAUGACUCCCUCCAGCGAGACGUCCCAGGAUUCCAACUCUGCUUCCUCCAAGAGCAGCUCGCCGGUCAAAACAUCAGCAGAAGAGUUUGAGAUGCAGAACGGCACCGUGAGAGUUCCCGUCAUGGACUUCAAGACAGCGACCGACAUGUCCAGUCAUGUUGUCCAAGGUCCGUCCACCGGAGGAAUAACGCCUGUCGUGCCGGUCCUCUGA